AUGUCCCUCGGGUCCAUCCACGGCACACGAUGCUCCGGCCAGAUGAGUGUCUUCUUCGCUAAGACGGCUCGCAUCUGGACUGCAAGGUUGUCCAUAAAAGUGGCUCCGCAAUUGACAUACGUAACGGGAAGCCCGCUGUCGUCGAAGAUCUUCUGCGCUAUCCGGUGCUCGACGGGUAGGGAGCCGGGACCAAGCUCAGGGGGGAUUUUAGACGAAGGGAAUUCCGGGAACACGCCCAUGAAGCGGAUUAUCUUCGGCAUAGUUGGCAACAACAACCUCGGCGUCUGGGAAGGAAGACUGAAGUUGCGCUUUCUUCGAGUCGUUGCUGGUGGCCAGACGCAGUUUAGUCGUGGGCGCUUCGCGGGCUAA